AGGCCAGUAGAAGACCGUGUGGACCAUACAUCAACGAGCAUGGAGUUCCCGCAACAGCAGAAACCGGCGGGGGAUGGAAAGAUUAUCUAUCCGCCCGGAGUCAAAGAGAUUACUGACAAAAUCAGCAACGAUGAGGUGGUCAAACGAUUAAAGAUGGUGGUGAAGACCUACAUGGACAUGGAUCAAGACUCUGAAGAGGAGAAGCAGCAGUAUCUCGGCCUGGCACUCCACCUCGCCUCAGAGUUCUUCCUUAGGAACCCCAAUAAAGAUGUGCGGCUGCUGGUCGCCUGCUGUCUGGCUGACAUCUUCAGGAUCUACGCCCCCGAGGCCCCGUACACCUCCCACGACAAACUCAAGGACAUCUUCCUGUUCAUCACCAGACAGUUAAAAGGACUAGAAGACACAAAGAGUCCCCAGUUCAACCGAUACUUUUAUCUUCUGGAGAACUUGGCCUGGGUGAAGUCGUACAAUAUCUGCUUCGAACUGGAGGACUGCAACGAAAUCUUCAUCCAACUCUUCAAAACGCUCUUCUCUGUCAUCAACAACAGCCAUAACCAGAAGGUGCAGAUGCACAUGAUGGACCUGAUGAGUUCUAUCAUCAUGGAGGGAGACGGAGUCACGCAGGAGCUGCUGGACACAAUCCUAAUCAACCUCAUCCCUGCACACAAAAAUCUGAACAAGCAAGCGUACGAUCUUGCAAAGACUCUGCUGAAGAGGACGGUCCAGACCAUCGAGACGUGCAUCGCCAACUUCUUCAAUCAGGUUUUAGUGAUGGGAAAGUCCUCCGUCAGUGACCUCUCCGAGCACGUCUUUGACCUCAUCCAGGAGCUGUUUUCCAUCGACCCCCUGCUGCUUACCUCUGUCAUGCCGCAGCUGGAGUUCAAACUCAAGAGCAACGAUGGCGAGGAGCGACUGGCCGUUGUGCGGUUGCUGGCAAAGUUAUUCGGGGCCAAAGACUCGGAGCUGGCCUCGCAGAACCGACCGCUGUGGCAGUGCUUUUUAGGACGGUUCAACGAUAUCCACGUCCCAGUCAGGCUGGAGUGCGUGAAGUUUGCCAGCCACUGCCUCAUGAACCACCCAGACUUGGCGAGAGACCUGACAGAAUAUCUGAAGGUGCGCUCCCACGAUCCAGAGGAAGCCAUCCGCCACGACGUCAUCGUCACCAUUAUCAACGCCGGCAAGAAAGACCUCAACCUGGUCAAUGACCAGCUGUUGGGCUUCGUGCGGGAGAGGACCCUCGACAAGAGGUGGCGUGUGCGUAAGGAGGCCAUGAUGGGCCUGGCUCAGCUCUAUAAGAAAUACUGCCUGCACCACGAGGCCGGAAAGGAGUCGGCCCUGAAGAUCAGCUGGAUCAAAGACAAACUGCUGCACAUCUACUACCAGAACAGCAUCGACGACAAGUUGUUAGUGGAGAAGAUUUUCGGUCAGUUCAUGGUGCCUCAAAAUCUUGACACAGAAGAGAAGAUGAAAUGUUUGUACUACCUUUACGCCUGCCUGGACACCAACGCCGUCAAGGCUCUGAAUGAGAUGUGGAAGUGUCAGAACAUGCUCAGGGGACUUGUCAAAGAGCUGCUUGAUCUUCACAAGCUGCCAGUGUCUGAGGCCAAUAACACAGCGAUGUUUGGGAAGCUCAUGAGUAUCGCCAAAAACUUACCAGAUGCUGGAAAAGCCCAAGACUUUAUGAAAAAAUUCAAUCAAGUUCUGGGUGAGGACGAGAAGCUCAGAGUCCAGCUGGAGAUGCUCAUCAGUCCGACCUGCUCCUGCAAGCAGGCCGAGAUCUGCGUGAGGGAGAUCACUCGGAAGCUGACAUUCCCAAAACAGCCCACCAACCCCUUCCUGGAGAUGGUAAAGUUCCUGCUGGAGCGGAUCGCCCCCGUUCACAUCGACUCUGAGGCUAUAAGCGCAUUGGUAAAACUGCUGAACAAAUCUAUCGAAGGCACGGCCGAUGACGACGAGGAGGGCGUGACCCCCGACACGGCAAUCCGCUCUGGACUGGAGCUCCUUAAGGUCCUUUCGUUCACACAUCCCACCGCGUUCCACUCAGCCGAGACGUACGAGUCUCUGCUGCAGUGUCUGAAGAUGGAGGACGACAAAGUGGCAGAGGCAGCCAUCCAGAUUUUUAGGAACACCGGGCAGAAGAUUGAGACGGAGUUACAGCAGAUAAGAUCGACGUUGAUUCCCAUCCUGCAUCAGAAAGCCAAGCGGGGCACUCCACAUCAGGCCAAGCAGGCUGUCCACUGCAUUCACGCCAUCUUCAACAACAAAGAAGUUCAGCUGGCUCAGAUUUUUGAGCCUCUGUCGCGUAGUCUCAAUGCAGACGUCCCCGAGCAGCUCAUCACUCCGCUCGUGUCCCUGGGACAUAUAUCCAUGCUCGCUCCAGAUCAGUUUGCCUCUCCAAUGAAAUCCAUAGUGGCUAACUUCAUUGUUAAGGACUUGCUCAUGAAUGACAGGUCGGUGGGGAACAAAAACGGGAAGCUGUGGACCACUGAUGAGGAAGUCUCUCCAGAGGUGCUAGCAAAGGUUCAGGCCAUCAAGCUGCUGGUUCGUUGGUUACUAGGUAUGAAGAACAACCAGUCCAAGUCGGCGAACUCCACGCUCCGCCUGCUGUCAGCCAUGCUGGUCAGCGAGGGUGACCUCACAGAGCAGAAGAAGAUCAGGUACUCGGAACAGGCCGCUUUGGCCGUUACUAAAUCCGACAUGUCCCGCCUGAGGCUAGCUGCAGGUGGAGCCAUUAUGAAGUUAGCUCAGGAGCCCUGUUACCAUGACAUCAUCACACCCGAGCAGUUUCAGCUCUGCGGCCUCGUGAUCAAUGACGAGUGCUACCAGGUCCGGCAGAUCUUCGCCCAGAAGCUGCACAUGGCCCUCGUCAAACUGAUGCUGCCCCUGGAGUACCUGGCAGUUUUCGCUUUGUGUGCCAAGGACCCGGUGAAGGAGCGCCGCGCCCACGCCCGACAGUGCCUCCUCAAAAACAUCUCCGUCCGCAGGGAGUACAUCAAACAGAAUCCCCUCGCUCAGGAAAAACUCGUCUCUCUCCUUCCUGAGUACGUCGUACCAUACAUGAUCCACCUGCUAGCCCACGAUCCAGACUUCACAAAGCCCCAUGAAUAUGAACAACUCAAAGACAUCAAAGAGUGCCUGUGGUUCAUGUUAGAGGUGCUGAUGACCAAGAAUGAGAACAACAGUCACGCCUUUCUAAGAAAGAUGGUUGAGAACAUUAAACAGACCAAGGAUGCUCAGUGUCCCGAAGACGCGAAGGCCAACGAGAAACUGUACAUUGUCUGCGACGUUGCCCUCUUUGUGAUCGCCAACAAAAGCACCGCAUGUCACCUGGACAGCCCGAAAGAGCCUGUGCUACCCUCCAAGUUCUUUCUCAUACAAGACAAGGCAAGAAAUGCACACACACACACACACAAAAGAUGCACACAAGCUAUGGAUAUAAUAGACUUCAAAAAUGAUAAAGAGUACCUGAUGCCCGAGAUGAGACAAAUGCUCCUCACUGGAAAGCCGAAACCUGCUCCAGUGCUGGCAGCCGUCAACAAACCCCUGACGGUACCAGGGCGGAGGGUUUUCCCCAAAACCACCGCGGCCUCAGACGCGUCCAGUAACACCAGCACCAACUCCUCUCCGCUGAGCUCCACAAUCAACAAGAACAGCUCAACCACCGAGUCCUCGGAGAGCCGAGCCCAGGAAAAUAACGAGAACCCGGUCAUCAAGAACGACGAGGGCAAGAAGGACGAGCCCGGUCAGAAAGCGGCUCCCGAAACCAGGACAGAAGCGUCGCCGGCGAAGCGGCGCGGGCGCCCCCCCAAAGCGGCCACCGUGGCCCCGCCGUCGGCCGAGAAAGAGGGAACGGUGGCCGCCGCAGGGGGCGGGGCCGGCAGGGGCAGGAAGAGGGCGGCCGACUCCAACCAGUCCACAGAGUCCAUCAACGCCAAGGUGUCAAAGCAGCAGAACGACGAAGGGACAAAGAGACAGAUCGACCUGCAGAGGUAAAGAGAGAGACCACUGAAGGUGAAAUGGAGACUGUAGAGAAUGGGCCACACUCUUCCUCAUACCUCUCCCUACCCCCGACGUACAGGCUCCUCCGACUAUUAGAGCUUUCCCGGAGAAAUCAUGGACCUUUCUUAAAAAAAAAACCUUAAAAAAACACACAAAACAAACACUGAAUAUACAAACGCACGCACGCACGCACGCACACACCGACUUCCUAGAGGGUUUAAGACACCUUGUAGUCAUGGAUUUGAAGCUCGCUGUAUGUAGGUCUUACAAAGAAACAUGAUAUUUUUUUCCUUUGUGUUUGUUGCUCUUUGCUUCUUUUGUGGAGCCAUUUUUAAGAAAAACAAGAAAAAAACUACAGGAUGGACAUUUUACAAACGUUUUAAUCUGGUUAUGAUUGUUGCUUAUUAAAUUCCCUGGGAUAUAUCCCACCCUGUUGACUCCCGACCUCUUCCUCUUUGUGUCCGUUGCACGGUGUUGUGGGUGUGGCGCUCCACGGUUUUACAGGUGUGAGUUUGUAUCUGCCAACUUUUUCAAAAAUAUCAAGACAGUUGAUUAUUUUCAGCGAAUCUUUAAAACAAAAAAAACAGUUUUCUAAACUUUGUUACGUUAAGGUGCUUGGCUGUAGCAUCACAAUGCCAACCUGAGCACGAGGCCUUUAGAUUCAUUUCCAGCGUGCUGACUGGACAAACUUCGGUCCAUCGUUUCUCUAAAAUGAACUGGCUUUUCUUUUUUUUUUCUCUUUUUUUUCCAUUUAAACAGCAUUAAUACUCUACUUUGUAACGCAUAAAUGAUCUAUUACUUUACAUGUGUUUUUGUCAUCUUUUUCAGUUACAUUUAUUUUUAUUUUUAAGGAUCUUGUCACUUUUCUGUCGGGUAAGUGCUGCCUUUUAGCGUCGAGCGAGAGGAAAACCUUACGGGUUAACAGGUUAUUUUUUUGUUGAAGUUAAAAGUAUGCCUAUUCUCAUAUUUAAAGAAACCCCCCCUGCCAAAAAAAAAAAAAAAUAAAAAUUUUUUUUUGAUUUGGGUUUUGUUUUGACGGUUGUGUUUUGAGGUGCGGCUUUCAGAAAUGCAGGCAAACUUGUUUGUUUUUUCUCCACUUUUUUUCUUUUUUAAUCAAAAGGAACAUGACACUGUCACAAUAAAUAACCAUGCUGUUUGUACUGCUGAUGCUUUCUUCCGCGCAAAAGGAAAUAAGUCUCGGUCCAGAUGGAGAAACUGAGACGCGACAUCCCCCCCUCCCUUUUGUUUUUAUGCUUUGUCAUCGUGCAAUAUUGUACAUAGAACGCCAGGAAGACGGGGUAGAUCCAGCCAGCAAAGGUGCCCCCUCUGUGGUAACAACAGCUCUUUCAUAAGGAACCGAAAGCUAUUUACAAGGAGAUCGUGUGUACAUUCUCUCUGCUUCUCCUCUUUCUUUUGUUUUUGGCUCUGCACGCCCGCCUCGCCGUCGGCAGAGGGGAGGAUGAACUAACGUCGGGACCGUGGAGCACCGCUGUGCCCAGAGGGGCCGAGUGGGAGGUCAGGAGAAAGGAAAAUAAAUCUGUAAUCGCAGACGACCCCUCGGUCCAAUGCAUGUGCACCUUUUUUUUUUCUUUUCUUCGCCUCUGUAAACUCGAGCAUCAUUUUAAUUUAUGUUCUCGUAUCCUUGAAAAACACUGCAAUCCUCAAACACAACAGAGGCAUUCCAGGCCUCUUAACACUCCAAACAUGAGAUAUCUUCUUUUUUUUUGGCUCUGUCGUAAAGCACAUUCAGGUGUGUUGGACAUCACCUUUAUCUAUAUCUUUAUGGCCAACAUUCUGACUCGGUGACCCAUUUUGCGCCGUUCC